UCAGGGCUCCGUGUUCUAGGCCCUUCUGAUCCUCUGAUUGUGAAGCUGGGGGGGUCAGUGAUGCUGCCCUGUUAUAUUCAAGCCCCCUUACCGCUGGAAGUUCUGGAAGUGGAGUGGAAGAGAACAGACUCUGAAGCUUUAGUCCAUUUAUUCCAAGAUGGAGAGGGUAAACCAGAGGCUCAAGACCAGGCCUACAGUGGAAGAGCCCGUUUCUUUACUGAGGAGGUCGAGCGUGGAAACUUCUCUCUCCUCCUCACAAAUCUGACCACUGAAGAUGCAGGAAUUUACAACUGUUCUGUUUACAGUCAACAGGCAACUGGUCAAACGUUGGUUGACAUUGAGUUUUUGGUUGUGACUGGAGGUCAUGCAGUAUCUGCGUAUGCACGUGAAGAUGUCACUUUGAAUUGCUCUGUAGACUCCCAUAUGUCACCUAAAGAGCUUGAAAGGGUCUCAUGGACAAAAGUGGAUCAAGACAUUACAGUGCUGGUCUUCCAAGAGGGUGAGGUCCUGACAGAUUUUAGCCAUGAGAGAUUCAGAGACAGAGUCGAGUUCUUUGGUCCUGAAGAAAUCCACAAAGGAAACUUCUCACUGAGAUUGAAGUAUCUCCGAAUGGAGGACAAAGGCCUGUAUAGAUGUGAAGUGCUCUCUGGGGAGUUUUCAGCUCAAACAACGGUGGAAAUACAUUUGGGUUUUUCCCACAUACACACUGCAAUACUAUCGCUCUGCAGUUUUACUUGUUUGUGUGGAUCUGUACUUUUGGUUGGAGGCAUCAUAUACACUUUCUGUAAAGAGCCUGGCAGUUGCACAGUUAUCAUACUGUAUGUUCUUGUCUUUUGUCCAAACAUUCUUAUGUUUGUGGCCUUCGUCCUUUGGGGUAUGCUUAAUGGUUUCUUCAGUGAGGCAGUAACUUGUUUAAUUAUUAAUCUUCUGAGGAUUCUUCGCCUACUUAUAUGUUCUCCACGUGUCUAUGAUUGUAAAGGUGUCCACCAACGGGUAAUUGCUGCCAUGACAGGUACCUACAACUUUGCGGCCACAGCUCCAAUCCGCUGCAUCGACAAUGGAGGCACAGAAUAG